AUGAAAUUUAUAUUCGCUAUUCUUUUAUUGGUUUGUGCCAUUAUGAUACAUAAAUCAUCGGCUGGACCUGCUACUAUUGAUCCACGUGCAAGUGAAAUUAGCAAUCCUGAGGCCCGCAUCAUUAAUUUCAUGAAUUGCAUGAUCCAUUGUGUUCAACCAGAAGCACUAGAAAGUGAAGAUGCUGAUGAUGUUCAAAGUCGUGGUCUCUUUGAUAUCAUUGGUAACUUUCAAAAUCUAUUUGGUUGUGUCCCACAAUGCUAA